AUGUCCAACAAGGCUCUCAUCUUCAAGAAGAUCCCCCAGGGAUACCCCGCCCCCGGUCAGGACUUGGCCGUUGAGGCCGCUGCCUAUGACGCCAACGUUGCCGCACCCGACAAUGGUGUUGUUCUCCAAUCUCUCUACACCAGCUUUGACCCUUACAUGCGCGGCCGCAUGCGCCCUGCUGAGGUCAAGUCCUACGCCCCCGCCUUCGAACUCAACAAGCCCAUUGAGAGCGCUACCGUCGGCAAGAUCGUCCGCUCCAACAACGCCAACUACAAGGAAGGUGACUUGAUCAUCGGUCACGUCGCAGUCCAGGAGUAUGUUGCUGUCGCUGAGCAGGAGCUGGUCCGCAUCCGCAAGCUUGAGAACCCUCUUGGCCUUGAGGACAUCCGUGUCUUCCUCGGACCUCUUGGCAUGCCCGGUCUGACUGCCUACUCCUCCCUGUACGAGAUCGGCAAGCCUAAGAAGGGUGAGACCAUUUUCGUUUCCGCUGCCAGCGGUGCCGUCGGCCAGCUGGUCGGCCAGCUCGCCAAGCACGAGGGUCUGCGCGUCAUUGGUUCCGUCGGCUCCGACGAGAAGCUCAAGUACAUCACCGAGACCCUCGGAUUUGAGGGCUUCAACUACAAGACCGAGAAGCCUGCUGCCGCGCUUGCCCGCCUCGCCCCCGAGGGCAUUGACAUCUACUACGAGAACGUCGGUGGCGAGCACCUCGAGGCUGCUCUCGAUGCUCUUAACAACUUCGGCCGCAUUGUCGUCUGCGGUCUCAUCUCCCAAUACAACUCUGCCCCCUACCCCAUCAAGAACAUUCACAACGUCCUUGUCAAGCGUAUUGACAUGCGCGGCUUCAUCGUCGGUGACAAGGGCAUGGGUGAUGCCUACACCAAGGAGCACCAGGAGAAUCUGCAGAAGUGGAUCAAGGAUGGCUCCUUCAAGGUGCUCAUCCACGAGACUGUCGGCAUCGACAACGCUGCCGAGGGCCUGGUCGGUAUCUUCCACGGCAAGAACAUGGGCAAGGCCGUCCUGAAGUUCUAA